ACUAAAAAAGAAGAAGUAGAAGAAAGAAAACGGAUACAAAGACUAAAAUAAACCUAUUUAUCUUCAAGAUAACAAGGUUCAAAUUAAAUGUCAGUAGUUUUGCAAGAUGCUUAAAUUCGACAUACAUCUCUUGCUGAUUUUACUUUCUUUCUUUUUACUUUUUCAAUAUGAAGAAGAUUACCAUUGCAUCAGUUUUAUUGUUUUUUAAUUUGCUAAAUGCAGAGUCUAUUUCCCAGUUAAAGCCAACUUACUUUGACAAUGGCCUUAAGAAUAUUGCUUUCUUUUCAGUGUUUGGUGGAUCAUCGCACUCACUUUGGGUCUUGGAUAUCGGUAAUGAGUUAGGAAGAAGAGGACACAAUAUUACGUACCUGACUUCGGAAGAACAAGCAAGAUUUGGCAAAUCAUUUGAGUAUGUAAAAACCCUUACUAUCGGCCCUUCUUAUUAUAACAUGAAAGAGGUUGGCGACAGUUCUUUUAUUCGAAACUUUUCGACGAUUGAAUUCAUGGCUUAUGCAUCUGAUAUUAUUGUAAAGAACUUUGAAAGAGAUUAUCAAUUUACAAGGGAUUAUUUUAUUUCACACAAGAUUGAUGUGGCCAUCUGCGAUCAUUUUGGAGAAACAUGUGUUGAUGCAGCCACUAGUUUAAAUAUCCCUUAUAUUAUUACUUCUUCUAUGGAGCUAACAAAGGACUCAUUCUCUCUAGAUUCUGAUACUCCUUAUACACAUAACGAUGUAGUCAGUCUUAUACAACCCACAACAGAAUUUGAAUCAUUGACAAUACGGUUUAUUGAUGAGUUCAUUAAACCUCUUGAGUUUAUCAUAACUAUAGCCAUUGGAAUUGAUGCCAAAAUUCAAGAUCCUAGUAGUAAAUGGAAGCAUGCACUCAAAAUGGUCAACAAUAUCCAUGGAUUUAGUCCAGCUCGACCUAUGGGCCCUCUUGUAGAACUUGUGGGUCCUAUUUUACCUAAACGCUUCACUCCAUUGACAGAACAUCUCGAAAACUACUUGGAUGCACAUAAACGUAUAGCCUACAUUGCCUUUGGUCAAAUGGCUACACCUUGCGAAAACGAUAUUCGUCUGAUCUUGACUAGUGUGUUGGAAAGUAUCGAACUCGGUUAUUUUGAUCUUUUCCCUGAUACUAUCACAAUAUCUUCAGGUGCUGUCUACCACAUACAAGCCAUGCUGAAUCAAACUCAUCCUGAUGCACGCAUGGUAUCAUGGGCCCCUCAAACGGCUAUCUUAAUGCAUCCUUCUACGCAUGUCUUUUUCUCUCAUGGUGGUCUUGGUUCUUGGUAUGAAUCCAUGUAUGCUGGAAAACGCAUGAUUAUGUUUCCUUUCUUUGGUGAUCAAGCCAGUAAUAGCCAUAUGAUAGAGCAAAGUGGAUUAGGUGCCGUAUUAGAUUACGGAGCCACAACAGAGCAAGCUGUGGAUUUAAUUAAGGGCGUUGCUUUAGACAUAAAUGGGGAAAUAACAGGCAAUGUGAAGCGUACUCAAGCACUUGUUCAGAUUCGUUCUGAACGUAGCAUAAGUCGAGGAGCUGAUACAGUGGAAGAAGUAGCUUAUACUCACAAAAAUGGCAUGCUACCUCAUCGUAUGAGUGCUAAUCAUCGCAUAUCUUUUAUCAAGGCACAUAACUUGGAUAUUUAUAGUAUCCUAAUUCUUUGUAUCUCUUUGUUCAAAGCUAUCGGUUUAUUUCAAGACCUCAAGUAG